CGCCGCGCGCCUUUGCUGAGUUGACUCUGCCGUGAACAUUAGCAGAAGAAGAAGCUGGCUAGCUCCUGUAAACAAAGCUGAGCCGUCAGUGUCUCAAAGUGCCGAAAACUGUCUCAUGUGGCGACCAGACAUGAUCAUAAACACGUCUACAUAACAGCAGAUGCUCUCCAGACUCUGCCGGGCGGUCAGACGUCUGUGAGCCGCAGGAGCAGCACUUCAGUCCGGCUCCGGAUCUGCCAUGACCCGGCCUGCAGCCUGACUGGAAGAUAAUGGCUGCAGAGCUGUUUCCCACCAAGAAGCUGGUCCCCUCCACCUCAGCGAGCAGCAGCACCUCCAUCCAGCAGUACCAGCAGCAGAACCUGACCAACAACAACACCACCCACACGGCGCAGGGCGGCUGCAGCUGGCAGGGCCUGUUCCCGACCAUCCGAGAGAGGAAUUCAGUCAUGUUCAACAAUGAGAUGAUGGCAGAUGUUCACUUUGUGGUCGGGCCGCCUGGCGGGACGCAGCGAGUACCAGGACAUAAGUACGUCCUGGCUGUCGGCAGCUCCGUGUUUCACGCCAUGUUUUAUGGAGAACUGGCCGAGGAUCAGGACGAGAUCCGGAUCCCUGAUGUGGAGCCUCCUUCAUUCCUCGCCAUGUUGAAGUACAUCUACUGUGAUGAGAUCGACCUGUGCGCCGACACCGUGCUCGCCACCCUCUACGCUGCCAAAAAGUACAUCGUGCCUCAUCUGGCCCGGGCCUGUGUAAACUUCCUGGAGACCAGCCUGAGUGCCAAGAACGCCUGCGUGCUGCUGUCCCAGAGCUGCCUGUUCGAGGAGCCCGACCUGACGCAACGCUGCUGGGAGGUGAUCGACGCUCAGGCCGAGCUCGCUCUGCGCUCCGAAGGCUUCUGCGACAUCGACACCCAGACGCUGGAGAGCAUCCUGAGGCGGGAGACGCUAAACGCCAAAGAGAUGGUGGUGUUUGAGGCGGCGCUGAACUGGGCCGAGGCCGAGUGUCAACGCCAAGACCUGACGCCGACUAUCGAGAACAAGCGUCUGGUGCUGGGUAAGGCCAUCUACCUGAUCCGCAUCCCCACCAUGGUGCUGGAGGACUUUGCCAACGGAGCGGCGCAGUCCGGAGUGCUCACACUCAACGAGACCAACGACAUCUUUCUGUGGUACACCGCCGCCAACAAGCCCGAACUCUUGUUCUGCACCAAACCUCGUAAAGGUCUGGCGCCACAGCGCUGCCACCGCUUCCAGUCCUGUGCGUACAGGAGCAACCAGUGGAGGUACAGAGGACGCUGCGACAGCAUCCAGUUCGCCGUGGACAAACGCGUCUUCAUCGCUGGCUUCGGCUUGUACGGCUCCAGCUGCGGUUCAGCCGAGUACAGCGCCAAGAUUGAGCUGAAGCGUCAGGGUGUGCCGAUGGGCCAGAGGAUCAUCAAGUACUUCUCAGACGGAUCCAGCAGCACCUUCCCCGUGUGGUUCGACUACCCGGUGCAGAUCGAGCCCGACACCUUCUACACCGCUAGCGUGGUGCUGGACGGCAACGAGCUCAGCUACUUUGGCCAGGAGGGCAUGACAGAGGUGCAGUGUGGGAAAGUGACCUUCCAGUUCCAGUGCUCCUCAGACAGCACCAAUGGCACCGGAGUUCAGGGCGGUCAGAUCCCUGAACUGAUCUUCUACGCCUGAGCCAGGCAGGGAGGAGGACGCCACAGAGAUUUCUGCUUCACUGCCAUGAAGACUUUUACUUUGAAAGAGCGGAGACGAGUCUCAGAAGGGGGUUUGAGGAGGAGGAAGGACUCCUGGAUCCACUGCUGAGCCUCAGAGAGAAAGAUGAAGAGACGACUGAAGAAGACUGAAUCCUUAUGUGUUGUUUUGUUUCACUGCAGCUGUUGAUGUCGUGUUUCAGUUUCUCUCAGUCAGUUAUAUUUCUAGAAUACACCAGGGGCGUCCCGAUUCUUCAAAUCCACGAUUCGACUUCUGAUUUAAACAUUUUCUUUUUAACGCCUGUCUUGAUUUGUAAAGAUCAACGGUUAAUAGUUUUAUGCUCGGACGUCUGUCAUUUACACAAAUUCGUCUUUUAAAAGGAUAAAAAACAACAAACAGUCUAUAGGUGACAGAAGGCGACUGAGAGAAUCAUCAGUCCUGUUUUUGAUUUCAAUAUUGAGAAUUUAAAGCUUAUUUUCAAUAGACUUUAAAUAUAAAAUUUAAAUUGUGACAACUAUAAAAUAUAUUAACAACACCUCAGUUAUUGGUAAUCAUUAGGGGUGGGUGAUAUUUUUAUAAAAUAAUUAAUAAAAGCAAUAAAAUACAUUCUUUAUGGACAAAAUACUUGGAGCAGAUUAAAUACCGGAUAAGUCAGAGUGACGUUGAUAUUCUAUAAACAUGAAGCAGUCGUGAUUAUUGAGAGUUAACAUCUGUGCACAUAGAAAAGUGUUUCAUUGUAUGUUAAUCUUUUUUUUUUUCAUUAUUAUUCAUUUAGAUCUCAACAGUCCAAACAUAAUGUUUCAAAUAGUGUAAAGCUGAAGGAAACAAAUGCAGUGACAUUAAAACCUUAAAUGUUUUGAUGAUUUUAGGUAACACAGAUAAAUAUAAUAAAUAAAUAAAUGAACACACUCUGAUCUGUUUAAAGUUCAGUUCAGGUGUUCAUGUGCUGCCAUCUGAAGGGGGGACACUACAUAUA